AGGGGGAGGCACAGUGCGCCAGUUAGCACUGCUGUUUAGAGAGAGAGAGAGAGGUAGAGAGAGAGAGAGAGAGAGAGAGGUAGAGAGAGAGAGAGAGAGAGGUAGAGAGAGCAGCCUGCCUGAUCGUCACAUUUCUUGCAGAGAUAACAUUACAGAGAAUGUCCAUGCUUCUUUAAGGAGACUCAGCGCUGUUCAAGUGGUUCAGAAAUACCUAGACUAAAAGGCAAAUAAGUAGCUCUUUGACACACCAUAUUGGACAUACAUAAAUGGAUGGACAAAGAGAUAUUGCAUUCAGAAUUCACUUGUCAACCAGUGAGACGCAUCAGUGGAUAUAAUGGGCAACACAACACAUAAACCUUUAGAAGAUGUGACUCUACAGCCCGACCCUGUGGUGAGCAGGCAGUUCUUCACUCUGCACGGUGGCAACGGUGGGGGAGGAGGUGGCGGGGGUUCGGUGGUAGAGAGGCGGACGUCGGCCCCCCCAGUGAUCCUCAGUCUGGAGUCACCCAGGUUCCACCCUCAGGCCAAGGGGAAGAACAUCAGGCUGGACGGUCAGCUGAGACGAGCUACCAGGAAGAACAGCUUCUGCAACGGAAUCACCUUUAGCCAACGACCUGUUAGACUCUAUCAGAAGGUUCGUCUGCGUCUGUCUGGUGUACACAACGGCUGGAGUGGUGCUCUGCGGUUCGGUUUCACCAGUCUGGACCCGAGCGAGCUCAACUCCUCCAACAUCCCCAAGUAUGCCUGUCCGGACCUGGUGACGCGGCCGGGUUACUGGGCCAAAGCCCUGCCGGAACGCCUGGCGAUCCGCAACAACGUCCUGUCCUUCUGGGCCGACAGACACGGCCGUGUGUUCUACAGUAUCAACGAGGAGGAACCCAUCCUCUUCCACUGUGGUCUGAGUAUAGGAUGUCCGCUCUGGGCCAUCAUAGACAUCUAUGGCCUCAUCCAGGAGGUUACACUGCUAGAGAGCAAGUUUGCAGAGAGUGUCGGGUCCAGUUGUCUGUCUGCGGCCCGUCUCAGUGCCUACCUCCCUCAGAGCAGCCACGACUCCGCAAACUACAACAACAACCAGCUAGAGAACAACCAGGCCGCCGAGAAGAUGGCCACGUUACAGCUCAACAACAAAGCCACUGCGAAGAUGGCCACUGCGAAUUACAGCUCAAAUUCUCUCAACAACUACAGCCAGAUGAUCCCCUGUUGUACCACAUCUUCCUCCUCCAUAACAUCAUCAUCAUCCGUCCCAUUCUCCACCCCCCGGUUGGUCCGAGCUGGGCUCCCCUCGCCGCUCGACACCGACCUCCACUUCCAUCCAGUCCGUGGCCCGGACGUCAUCCUGUCAGCUGACCGCUCUGCAGCGUGUAUCCACUUCCUUGAGUCUUCGAGGACUCUGGUGUUCUCAGAUCGCCCCCUAAGGGUCAGGGAGACGCUCUACGUCGAGGUCGGUCAUCUCGGCCUGCCCUACUUCGGGGCGCUCCUUUUCGGACUGACCUCCUGCGAUCCGGGGUCCCUCCAUGCUGGGGAACUUCCUGCCGACCCAGAGGUGCUGCUGGACAGGAAGGAGUACUGGGUGGUGUACCGCGGCUUCCCCAUGCCCUGCUCCGGGGACGUUCUGUCCUUCAGCCUGACACCCAGCGGUGAGGUGCAUCAUGGGGUCAACGGGGCGGCCAGAAGGAGGCUGCUGUGUGUCGAUUCAUCACAGAAACUCUGGGCCUUCUUUACCCUGCAUGGAGCGGUCAACAGACUCAGGAUACUGGGCACGCUCCAGUCCAGCCCUUCCUUCCUUUCCUCCCAGACCAGUAGUAGCAGUAGUAGUCCAGACGACAGUGAUUCUGACCUGGCCUUCAGCGUCAACAGAUCCUCCUCCGAGUCCUCCCUGGUGACGGCCCCCAGCUCCCCUCUCAGCCACCCUGUCUCCCCCACGCUGUCUCCCCCACCCUGUCUCCCCCACGCUGUCUCCCCACCCUGUCUGCCCCAGAGCUGCCUUCUGGUGGUAAGAACGGGGAGUGCACCGUCUGUUUCGACCAGGAAGUGGACACAGUCAUCUACACCUGCGGUCACAUGUGUCUGUGUAACAACUGUGGGCUAAAGCUGAAGAGACAAGUGAAUGCCUGCUGUCCUAUCUGCCGCAGGCCCAUAAAAGAUGUCAUCAAGACAUACAGACCAUGAGAGGACUGGGACAUUACUGGGACAUUACUGGGACAUUACUGCCGCAGGCCCAUUAAAGACGUCCCAUUAAAGACAUCAUCAAGACAUACAGACCAUGAUGUCUGGGACAUUACUGCAGCAGGCCUAUUAAAGACAUCAUCAAGACAUACAGACCAUGAUGUCUGGGAUAUUACUGCCGCAGAAAUUGUCUAGAGCAGGGAUAUUCAACUCUGACCCUACGAGAUCUGGAGUACUGCUGGUUUCCUGUUCUACGUGAUAAUUCAUUUCACACCUGUCGUCUCAGGUCUAUAUCAGUCCUUGAUUAGAGGGGAAUAUUUUUUUUUUAAGCAGUAGAACUUGCUUUGAGGUCCAGAUGUAUAUUUGAAGGCUAUAGAGACAGACUGGACACCAAUUCAUCAGGCUCAUCAAGGUCAUCAUUAAGCCUGACCAUCCAUCAGAGGACAAACUACUGGGACAGGGCUCUGUCUGCACCCCAGAGACGUCUCUUACCAAACUGGACACUCUACACUACGGCAGGUCCAUCACGGACCUCCCACAUCAA